AUGUGCAAUCCUUGCGUCAAGGCUUCUGGAAUCCCUUUGGCCAUGGGCGGAGGAAUAGCUCGCGAAGGCUACCUGGUCGGCUACCGUGAUCGCCGAGCCAAGAUAUACAAGAUCUGGGUGCCAGAACUAAACAAGGUCAUAGACGCAAGGGACGUUCGUUUCUACGAAGGCCAGAUUGGUGCCAAACCAACGGCCGACGACCCUCUCUAUGAUGUCGUCUUUACUGAACCAGGAUUUGAAGAACUAAACGCCUACCGACAACCCCUGGUACAGGUGGAAGGUGCUCUCGUUACCCAACCUGAAGCUGGACCCGAGGAGACCAUUCAACCUCCUAGUGCUCCCAUCAUACCAGAUCCUCUGCCACCUACUCACGGGCCCGUUAUUGAGCUGGGAACACCUCUAUCAUCGCCAACGGCAGAUAAACCUGGAUCUGAUGACGAAUUUACUGAUGUUGAAGAAUCUCUUCUCCACGAAUUCCCUUUCGAUAUUUCCAGAAAGGAUCUCAGUCCACGAACAACCCCUUCCGACCCACUUGACACUCAAUCAACUGGACGUCCCAAGCGUGCAACGACCGAAGGAGUGAACUAUAAACAGCCCAAUCUCAAGUCAAAGUUGAAAGCAAUGAUUGCUCUCACUCCGGAGAAUCAAACCACUUUCGAUAAGGCUUCUCAUAUCUCACUUGACGAGCUUAUUACUCCUGUCCCUGAAUACAGCUUCUCAACACUAAAGAUCGAGAAGAUCAUAUCACCAGCUCCUGUGAAAAGCUUCAAAGAAGCCAAGAGCCGACCAGAACUCUGGGAUGCUUGGAAACCUGCUUUCGACGCACAGAUCGACAGUCUCGAGACUCGCAAGGCCUUCGACCUG